CAGCCCCUCCGCUACUGACCCCCCAUACACUCUGGCCUGACCCCCCCAGCCAGCUGGGCAAUGACAGGAAAAGCCGCCCCCGAGGCCCCCGUCCCCGGUCCACAGGAGACAGUGCCUGAACCAGCCAAGGAGCCUGCCACGGAGCUUCCUGGAGAAACAGCCGCCCCUGGGGAGCAGCAGCAUCCGGAGCCCGGGGCAGCUGCCACCCCCUCGGCCCCCGGGCCUGCACCUCCCAGUGAAGAUGUCCCCAGCGCCCCGCUGCAGCUGACCGUGGAGGAUGUGAGCCACAACUCCGUGACCGUGAGCUGGGAGCCCCCCGAGAACCUGGGGCGGCUGGGGAUCCAGGGCUAUGUGCUGGAGUCCCGCCGAGAGGGAGCCUCCGAGUGGGUGCCCGUGAACGCCCGGCCCAUGAUGGUGACCCAGCAGACGGUGCGGAACCUGCCUCUCGGGGACAAGUUCUUCCUGCGUGUGGCCGCGGUGAGCUCCGCCGGGGCAGGGCCUCCAGCCGUCCUGGACCAGCCCGUCCACAUCCGGGAGAUCAUCGAACACCCCAAGAUCCGUGUCCCCCGCCACCUCCGUCAGACCUACAUCCGCCACGUGGGAGAGGCAGUCAAUCUGCAGAUCCCCUUCCAGGGGAGGCCCAAGCCUCAGGCCUCCUGGACCCACAACGGCAAUGCCCUGGACAGCCAGCGGGUGAAUGUGCGCAGCGGGGACCAGGACUCCAUCCUCUUCAUCCGCUCUGCCCAGCGCUCCGACUCCGGCCGCUAUGAGCUCACCGUGCGGCUGGAAGGCCUGGAGGCCAAGGCCGCCAUCGACAUCCUGGUGAUCGAGAAGCCCGGGCCCCCCAGCAGUAUCAAGAUCCUGGAUGUGUGGGGCUGCAACGCUAACAUCGAGUGGACGCCUCCCCAGGACACAGGCAACACGGAGCUCCUGGGCUACACGGUGCAGAAGGCGGACAAGAAGUCAGGGCAAUGGUUCACGGUGCUGGAGCGCUACCACCCCACCAGCUGCACCAUCUCCGACCUCAUCGUCGGCAACUCCUACUCCUUCCGGGUCUUCUCAGAAAACCUGUGUGGCCUCAGCGACUCGGCCGCCACCACCAAGGAGCUGGCCCACAUCCGGAAGGCAGAUAUCGCUGCCAAGCCUCAAGGGUUUGUUGAACGAGACUUCUCGGAAGCCCCCUCGUUCACCCAGCCGCUGGCUGACCACACCUCCACGCCUGGCUACAGCACACAGCUCUUCUGUAGCGUCCGCGCCUCACCCAAGCCCAAGAUCAUCUGGAUGAAAAAUAAGAUGAACAUUGAGGGUGACCCCAAGUACCGUGCCCUCUCUGACCAAGGCAUCUGCACCUUGACCAUCCGGAGACCCAGCCCCUUUGAUUCCGGGGUGUACACCUGCAAGGCCAUCAAUGUGUUGGGGGAAGCAUCGGUGGAUUGCCGGCUGGAGGUCAAGGCCUCAGCCACACACUGAAGAGCCAGGACAGAAGAAGGCGAGGAUGAGCAGACAAUCCUGCCGGCCUGAGGGUCGCCUCCCAUGGCUGAAAAUGAAGCCCUACAGAUGCCAAGAGCUCCAUAGCCACGUCAGACGCUUGCAGGCUCCUGGUACCCGCUAGCCUCCCUCUGCCAGAAGCUGGAGUCCAGAACCCCAGGAGUGUGCCUGGCAGGCCCCAGGCUAGGCCUCGUGGGGUCCAAGGAAGUCCCCAGAGGACAGGGAUUGGAGCACCCUGCAGAGUUGCGUGCCGGGGGAGAAGUACUGGAAUAAAGGUGUGUGGUGUUACAGCCUG